CGGGGAUCCAAAAAUGAGCCUGAAGGAGGUGAUUGAAAAAGAAUCUAGCCUCUAUCGCACAAUCUAUGCCUUCCAUUUCAACAACAAGGUCCUAGACCUCAGCGACACAUGGAAGGAAAACCGACAACUUCUCGAAGAACUUCUGGCAAAAACGAACCCAAAGCCUCACGUGCUGCUGAUUGACUGUGAUACCCAUGAAGCAGAUCUCACACAAGCCUAUAUAACAGUAUACGCAAACGGGGGCAUGGUUGUCGAAAACCUGCUGGAGCAAAACAAGGAAUUGGCUGGCAAACACUUGGUCAAAUAUGAUCAGACUUUCUUAGAGUCCACUAACGACGUGCCCGCUUACCGCAAGACGCUUCGAGCUCCAUGUCCUGGCCCAUACUGUGAUGGUAAAGAUAUCUGUGUAUGGGUGUGUUGCGAUUGUCAUGAAACCAUCGAAUUCGGGAGCCGAGAUGGGUAUUUUUACUGCGACUGCGGACGAGUGCCAUUUGACAGAGUCGGGUUCAACUGCCAGAGACAAUAUCACAAGUCUGGAUAUUUCCAAUUUGAUCGAGACUAUCUUCGUGACCUUCUGCAAAAUCUCCCUGCACCCCGUGAGGUGAACAUCCUCAUUCUCGGGGAGACAGGGGUUGGAAAAUCGACGUUUGUAAACGCCUUUGUCAACUACCUUACGUUUGGAUCUCUCGACGACGGACUGAAGAAUCCCAAGUUGAACUGUAUUAUUCCCUGCUCUUUCACUACCCAGGUUGUGGACGAGGAAGGGCGCAUGAUUUCGAAGGAUGUUGUGAUCGGCUCGGAUAACGACGAGGUGGACGGGUCCAAAGGACAGUCUGCGACACAGAAAGCGACAGUAUACCCUCUCUACUUUAGAGACACUCUUAUCCGACUUAUAGAUACGCCUGGUAUUGGCGACACUCGCGGACUAGAGCAGGACAAACAGAAUAUGGCGAACAUGCUCUCCAUCCUGCGCAACUAUCCGGCGCUCCAUGGUAUUCUCAUCCUUUUGAAGCCCAACAACGCACGCUUGGGGGUUAUGUUCCGAUUCUGUGUUAAGGAACUGCUCACUCAUUUGCAUACUAGUGCCGCACAGAAUAUGGUGUUUGGCUUCACCAAUACCCGGGGCUCUAACUAUACGCCCGGUGACACAUUCAAACCCCUUGAAAGUCUGCUUUCAGAAUACCACAACGUGAUUCCACAGCUGUCUCGAUCUAAUGUGUAUUGCUUUGACUCAGAAAGUUUCCGAUACCUGGCUGCACGCAACAAGGGGAUUGAUAUAGGGCAUAUAGAUGAUUACCGACGCAGUUGGGAGCAUUCCUCCAAGGAGGCCGAUAGGCUUCUUGCGCACUUCCAGUCUCUGCACCCUCAUCACACUCAAGAAACGCUCAGCCUUAACGAAACACGACACCUGAUUGCGCAGCUGACGGCUCCAAUGCAGCAGAUAUCGGUCGCAAUAACGGAUACAAUUGCAAAGAGCAAGCAACAGGUCAAAGAUCUUAAACACGCUAAACUAACGGGUGAUGACCUGCGAGCCAAAUUGCACAUACACAAGAUCACGGUUAAGGCCGAGCAGCUGACGAGGCCGAAAACAGUAUGCUCGAACGAGAAUUGUGUUGAGUCAGUAUUUGACGAAGGAAGUAACUCGGAGGUGCUUCUGCGAAAGAAACUCUGCCACGACCCAUGUUGUUUGAAAAACGUCCCAGUCGGUAAAGUGGGAACCCCCGAGUUGGAGCACUGCGCUGCAUUUGCCGACGCGAAUUGCACUAUCUGCGGCCACCACUGGAGAGAACAUGAACAUAUUCUUGUCGAGUACUCAAAGAACGCGGAAACAAGGACUGAUCCCAACGUCCAGCGCGAACUGACCACCCAUGGCAACGAAAUCAAGGCCAAGGAGAAGGCUAUCCAAGCCCUGCGGAAUAACAUCGUCGAGCUGAAGCAGGAGCACACUCAGAUUCAAACAGCUGCAGCCAAGUUCAGCCUGUACCUCAAACAAAACUCCAUUACGCACUAUAAUGACGCCACAAUUGAGUAUCUGGAACACCUCAUCAAGGACGAACGAACCAAAGUCCGCACCGGCCAGAGCCGUCAGCGGCUAGAGUCCCUUGAAAAGGACUUGGACAAUUACAAAAAGUUCGUCGACACAAUGGAACAGGGAAAGGAUGGAAGCGACAGCUGUGAGGCCUACAUACCCUUAAACGAGGCAGGUGUCGCGAAGCUGGUCCAGACAUUGUACAACCUUCCACAUUAUGGGCAGAUGCUCAAAGACCUUGCUCAGGUGGUGGCCAAUGCCUACGAAGCGAACUUCCGCGAAAGACCUUACCGAAUCAGCCGCAAGAAAUACUGGAGGGAGUAUCGAGAUGCGCAGGCCCAGAAUCGGGCUCUGGGGCGUAGAACCAGCGUGCGCAAGUCCGGAUGGGGUUGGAAAGCAGUUGUUGACAGUUCAAGCUCGGGCGCUGUAAAGCAUCCCGGUCGUGCCCUGAUGCCGGGAGAUUCCAACAGCCCCGCUGCCCAGCUUACCGAGAAACUGUUGCCGAAUCCCUCACAUUAUACAAGACAGCCGGAUCGGAGAAGUGAUUUCUGGCCCUCAGAGAACCAGGGGUCGUUCCCUAACUCGGUUCAGAGUAUCCUGGCUGGGACGGCCUCACCUGCCCUAGGUCCGAACGCUGGCGCUACGCCUAAUCGUUUCCGCAGCUCUUCACUCCCCAGAACCGCGCCCCCUCCUUACCCAGGGCCCGCUCUGAGCUCUCACACGUUAAACACAGCGCGGAAUAAUGGCCAGGUGAAGGUGGUAGAGAGGAAAGGGGUAUGGUUGCGAUUGAAAGGCAAACUCAGCAAGAAGUGACAGGGAAAGGGCGAAUUACGGGUAUCGGAUUCCAGGAUGUGUUCUCUUACUUUUGUAUUUUUUUUUGAUACUUUUAAUUAAAGACUGUCAUAUGCUUCACGCAGUCAAUCUAGACAGAUCAUGAUAUUGAUGGGCCCAGGGUGUCUUUCGUGGGUUGUGCAAAAGACAGGAUAUCUGGCCCGGGUAACUACAAGACCAACUUCAAGAAUCUAGGCCAGGGAGUGUAUUGCUGGGUAUAUUUGCAUGCAUAUGAUAAUUCCCCUGGAUAGC